AUGGAGUAUUUAAGCAGGAACUUAGCUAGCUUGAAAGAGGAAAAAGACUUCAAAUUCCACCCUAGGUGUGCUAAACUAGGGAUAACUCACUUGAGCUUUGCAGAUGACCUCCUCUUGUUUACUAGAGGUGACUUGAAAUCUGUCCAAACUAUGCAGAAGAAGUUUACUCAAUUCACUGAAGCAUCUGGGCUGCAAGAAAACCUAAGCAAAAGUGAAGCAUACUUUGGAGGAGUUCAGGAAACAGAAAGGCAGCAAAUUCUACAGUGCUUAGGGUUCACAAGUGGAGAACUUCCAUUUAAGUAUUUAGGAAUUCCUCUAGCUACAAAGAAGCUGAGUCUAAUGCAAUGGCAGCCACUGAUUGAGAAAAUGACUAGGAAAAUUACCUCUUGGACAGCAAAAAACAUUUCUUAUGCAGGUAGAUUGCAGCUGGUGCAGAGUGUCCUAUUUGGGGUGCAGGCAUUUUGGGCACAGAUAUUUAUCCUUCCAGCAAAGGUGACUAAACUAGUAGAAGGACUAUGCAGAUCAUAUGUGUGGUCUGGGGCAAAUGAGAUCACAAAAAGGGCUUUGGUAGCAUGGGAUAAGGUAUGCUUGUCAAAGGCAGGUGGUGGACUCAACUUAAUCAACUUAAAGCUAUGGAACAUAGCAGCUAUUGCAAAGACAAGCUGGGAUCUAGCUCACAAGCAGGACAAGCUAUGGAUCAAAUGGUUACAUGCUUAUUAUAUCAAGACACAGCAACUCAAGACAAUGGCAAUUCCUCAACAAGCAUGCUGGAUGGUAAGGAAAGUGAUUGAAUCAUAUAGUAUAAUUGAAGAGAUGCAAUUUUCACAGGAUUGGAAGAAGAGUAUGAUCAAACAAAUAUACCUGCACCUACUGGGAGACUACAGCAGAAUGGAAUGGAAGGCACUAGUGUUUCAGAAUGCAGCAAGGCCAAAAGCACAAUUCAUCAUGUGGCUGUUGAUUCAAGACAGAUUAAUGACUUGUGACAGGCUAAUUAACUGGAAGAUCAAUGUAGAACCUGAGUGUGUGAUGUGUAAACAAGAAAAUGAAACUAGAGAUCAUCUAUUCUGGCAGUGUCCUUAUGCAACUCAAGUGUGGAACAAGAUGUGCAGAUGGCUUGGAAAGCAGCAUCUGGGAAAUGGCAACUGGCAACAGUUUCUUCAAUGGACCAUAAGGCAAGCAAAAGGAAAAUCCAGUUAUGCAAUGACAUUCAGAAUGAUAUUUGCAGAAACUGUGUACCAUUUAUGGCUUGAAAGAAACAGAAGAGUAUUUGAGAAGAAGAGCAGAAAAGAGGAGCAACUUACAAGAGAUAGCAUAUGUAGUUAG